GGCUCUUGCAUGCGUGCUUCACAGGAAAAAUGUACCUGCAUUUUAGAAUAAUUUCUGGCCUUGGAGGAUUGUCAAGAGAGUGAGUGAGCUGGGAAGCCGUACUCGGGCAGCAUCUUAAUCUCUGCCUCCGAGGCCCAGAUGUCCGAUGGCGACGCCUCACAGGAUGGCGAGCUGAACAUCUUCGAAGCCCCGGAGGGCUACUACCCCCCCGAAAAGCAGCCAACAUCCGCCUCAUAUCGCACCCUGAGCGGCGUAGAACUGCGUCUCCGUCUCAUAGGCCACAGUCCUCUCUGGGGCCACCUCCUGUGGAACGCCGGCCGCACCCUUGCCACAUACCUCGAACAACAUGCCCAAACCCUCAUAGCCAACAAGACAGUCCUCGAGCUCGGCGCCGGCGCCGGCCUCCCAAGCCUCAUCUGCGCCCUGCACGGCGCCCAAAAGGUGCUCGUGACAGACUACCCAGAAGCAGAAUUGAUCGAGAACCUGCGCCUCAACGUUGCGUCGCAUGCGCACUUGUUCCCUCAAGCCAAAGGGGAGGGAGUCAUUUAUGCCGAGGGGUAUUUGUGGGGUGCAGAGGCGAGGGGUUUGCUUGAUUAUCUCUCUCCUGCCGCACCAGGUUCACAAGCAGGCUUCGAUCUGUUGAUUCUUGGCGACCUCCUCUUCAACCACUCCGAGCACGCCAAACUCCUUAGCACCGUCCGCUUCACGCUAAAGCGCAGCGCAUCAGCACAAGCGCUCGUCUUCUUCACGCCCUACCGGCCCUGGCUGCUGGAAGCAGAUCUCGCGUUCUUCGACUUGGCGCGCGCGGGCGGGUUCGUGGUGGAGAAGUUGAUGGAGCAUGUGAUGGAGCAGGUCAUGUUCGAUGAGGAUCCCGGGGAUGAGGGGCUGCGCAGGACGGUUUUUGGGUACUCUCUGCGGUGGGAUUUGGCGGGAGAGACAGAUGGGAAAGGCGGAGAGGCUUGAUCUCUGCCUGUCCGUGGUGCGGUAACUACGGUACAUACACACGCAGACCGUGUCUACUGCUUGAUUAGAACGCUAUUCAGAACGCCUACCAUUCCCGGCAA